CCUCUCCGGUCAAUGCAGCUGCGACGGCGACGGGAGGAGCCUAGAGCGACCCCCCCUCGGACGGGUCCGCGCGGGCACGGGAUAGGCAGCUACAGGAGGAGAGAUUUGAGUUCGCUGGAGCAGCGAGCUCAGGGCGUGAAAACGAGGAGAACCUGCAUAAGAGUCAUUUCUCCAGAUCUUUUCCCCACCAUGUCUGAUGAAGAUAUUGGCACCACUUUAGCAUAUACCAAGAGCCCCAAGGUCUCCAAAAGAACCACUUUUCAGAAUGAGCUACAAGAAGCAAUUUCUGCUCGUGCAGCAAGACAGCAAACUGUUGAAUACUCAGAUGACUUUGACAGUGAUGAAGAUGAAGAACUUCCUGAAAAUAAUUCAGAUGUUGAAAACACAAAUAAGAAAUCAGUGGCCUUUGAUAUUACCCUCUCAGAUGAUGAGACUACUCAGAAAAAGGCCCUUUUGAAAAGUGAAAUUGCUGAUGACUUGACUUCACUAUUACAUGAAGAGAAACUUCAACAGAUGACAGUUUUGAAAAGCCAAAACUUGAGUGGUGACAGAGAAGAUGAAACAGAAUGUUUAUUCAUUGAAAAAUUAACUUAUCAUGGUAAUGAAGGUGAUCAUUGUAAUGAAUCACAUAUGGCUGUACUGCAAAAUGAAAGAGAAGAAAUUACUCAGCAUGAAUUUGAAAACAAACCAGUACCAAAGCUAAGGGAGCAAAGAAUCAAAAAUAUAUCAUCAGCUGAGAAUGUCAGCAUUUCUGCACUGGAUGAUCAUUAUAAACCAUCACCUCAACCAAGAAGUGUCUUAAGAAAGAGCAGCCAUGUAGAAGACAAAGAUGUUGCCAGAGCAGAAGAUAAGGCUUCUUCUAGUUACAGAUUAUCUUCAUUUUCUGCACCAUCCUCCCUAACUAGGCUGAGUGACAUAAUAACAACAUCUGAGAAAAGGGCACUUGCUGAAAGCCCUAGUCCUGAGGGUCCAUGGCUAACAAGCCCUCCACCACCAUUCCCUAUUCAUUUUCAUUCAGCUGAUGAAAUAUCUGGAGACUCCAGUUUGUUAAUGUGUGGCGAAGGCUCUCCUUCCAAAGGCCAGGAUCAAACAGAAGAUGAUGACUGCAGGGAUUUGAAAUUGGAGAAUAAUGGCAGAAAAUCCCCAUCUGUGAUAGAACUAAUGAUGACUACAGUGUAUGAGAAAACUAAAAAACUACAGAAGUCAAGUGAUUACCAGCUUGAAGAAAAUUUGCAAACAUUGAAAGAGAAAUUCAUUGCUGAUGGCAUAAAGGAAAUGUCACUGAAUGAUAAAUCUGAAGACAUGGCAGAAGUGAGCACUUCAGAGGACUCGGACAAGAAAGAAUUUGAAUAUAAGGAGACACUUUCACAAAAAGUGAGACCUUCAUCAAGCAGGUCUCUGUCCUCUACAUACUUGAAGAAAGCUGGGAAAACCAUCCCUCCAUCUACAACUACAUCUUCUCAAUACUUGGGAACAUUAAAGGUCUUGGACAAUAAACACUUACAAAAAUAUAGUGCUGAGCUUGACAAAGCAGAUAGUCUACGAGCAGCUGUUUAUCAGGAUUGGUUGGAAAAGAAAAGAGUCUUUCUUCUGGAACUGCAGAGAAUUAAAAGGAACAAAGCAGAAAAUUUAAAGAACGCAAAUGAAAAGAAAGAAGCUACUAAGAAAGAAGAAGCAAUUGCAUCUUUUGAAGCCUGGAAGGCAAUGAAAGAAAAAGAAGCAAAAAAGAAACUAGCUGAAAAAAAGAAGCUUGAGGAGUUGAAGAAACAGAGAGCAGCAGAACAGAAUGAAGAGAAGAAAGAAGAAGCUCAAAAGGCAGCAUUUGAAAAAUGGAAAGAAAAGAAAGCAGAAUAUCUAAGAGAGCAAAGUAGAAAGGAAAAACGAGCUGAAAGAAUCAAGAAGAAGAAAGAAGAGGAAGCUAUUGCAGAAAAGAAACGAGACAGCAUCUCUGCCGUUGAUAAAUGGAAUGAGAAAAAGGAAGAAUUUGUAAAACAAAAGAAGACAGAAAAAAUCCAGGAGAAAAGACAGCAAGAAAUAGAACAGGUUAAAAGGGAAGAAAAAGAUAAAAGGGCUAUGGAAGAAUAUGAAAGAUGGCUGGAAGAGCCACCUCUGAAGGGCCAACUCAGCACAGCACAGAACCAGCAAAGGCUAGAAGCAGCACCAGCUGCAAAAGAAAAGAAAGAAAGGAGAGACCAGAUUGAGAAAAAACAAAAGAAGCUCCAGGUUAUCCUUGAGGAUGAAAACCCUCCUCCAUGGAGCCCACCUGGCAAAGCUGUGUCCUCAAGGAACUACUGAGAUGUCCGUUGUCCUUUGUGAGGAAAGUUCAUGUCCGAAGUUCUGACAUUGUCUAAUCAUCAAUAUUUCACAACUGACUUUAAAGUGAAUUGAUACUG